GAAGCGUUGAGAACAAAUGCGUAUAGUCUGCACUAUUCUAUUUGAAUCUACGUCGAUCAGACGGAACCCUCGGCAUCAGCGACCCCCGUUUCUUUGACCAAUGUUGUUUUUUAGCCCGAUCUGCAAGCGAAUGCACAAAAGUUUCAUUGCCAGUUAUGACAGAUUACAAUUAAAAUAAAAUUACACUAGAGUGAAUGCUUGGCAUGUCGUCCAAAAACACCACUCGCCAUAUAAGUAUGCUAUGUGUAAUGACUUUCUUGUUCCUUGAGCGAAGCCGCAAUAAUGCAAUGCUUGUUCGAUGUCAUGAGUGAUCAUCCUGGCCGAAAGACGGAAACAGACAUGCGCGGCGUAAUCAGUUUGAGAGCUACCAAGAAACUUUGUCGUUGCGAGAAGCAAAUCUGGCGCGGUUUCUUUAUGCGGGAGUCAAUCUUGUUGUUGUUCUAAUAGGUACAGAUUACCUUAUCGCGCUCGUGAUCUUUUUUAUGCCCCCUUGCCGUCAGUUUUGGUAAAAAUAGAAGGCGUUGCGUGUUGUAAAAGGUACGCGCCGUCGUUUCGUCGUAGGUAGUCCUAGUGACGUUAGCAGUAGCAAAACGCGCUUGCGAUAUGAUGGGGUAGUAUGGGCCACAGCAGAACCUGGGCAGGACUAGCGCCCUUGUGCUCGCAAGGGCGCGGAUAAGGAACAUGAAGACUGGACAACAAGAUGGUGGCGGUGGUCCUCUCGCGUUCGUGUGCCCCCGCUCAUCAUGCCCCGUGGUCCUGCAGGUAACUAGGAAGUGGGCUCAGUGUGGGUUCAUCUUCUGGUUGGUCUUUUUUUGCGCGACAACGGGCACGAAGGUCGCUCCUUUCGUGGCGGGCCGAGCCGCGAUAACCGCCUCGUCAUGUUCCUGCGACUGCUGCGUGUCGCUGAGCGGGAGCACUGCCACUUGCGGGCUCGUCCAGAUGGAGGGAGAUUUAGGCUCGCUCGUUCCGCGCACCUGCCCGUUGACCACCGCGACCUGCACGAACGAACACGAUCGCGAGGAUGACUACGCCCGGUACUGCAGCAGUGACUGCGCGCGAAUGGGCACCGCGCACCAGUGUGUCGCCCUUUCCUCCUUCACACCAAUCGAAAGCACGUACACGCCUGGGACUUCCUCCAGCCGAGCGGGGGACACCGCCAGCCUUCUGGUCCGACGAAAGAAUUUCUUGACCUCGAGUGUAGGAAACACAAAAGCUGCAGCAAGUGCACGAUCGAACGAUCCGCCGUUGCCUGUAGUCAAGGCACAGAUGAUGCAGGCAUACAGGUACGCUUCUUUUUUCCUUGCUGAGACUCGAAAUCAAUGUCAUGAAGUGUAAAAAUCUCGACGAUGGAGGAUACUUGUGGUCGUUUAAAUGCAGAGAAUUGCACCACUUUUUGCUCACGUUCUGCUCCAUUGAAUAAACGUAUAUGAUAUUGAAAAAUUGCAAGACCAAGACGGUCGAAGGCGUAGACUCAAGGGGAUGAUUAUCAGAAAGCUGAAGCAUAAAGAGUGAAAAUGCUUCUGAACUUCGUUUUUGGGCAACACAGUGAAAGAAUUGCGCUCCGAGGGGCUAUACACUACUGACAUGGCGAAUAUGAUACAUCGGUUUAUCGCUUAGAGUCGAACAGAUGGCAAUUAUCAUCACUUGCAAAUAGCUCUGCGCAAGCUGCGGGGCAGGCUGCCUUGCGUGCCCGGACGGCGUACGAGAGAACAUUAGGAAACGUGAAGGCCCAGAGUGAGAAGCUCGCACAGGACAUGCUCGCGAGCGUGAAGCACGAGGCCAGAUUGCAGGCGACCGUGGCUUUGCAGAAGCGCAACAGCUGGGAAGCCGCUAGCCUGCAAGCAGCGCACGAUGCAGGCGCAGGAGUACAAGCAAAGUACGAAGCCGAUUCGAAGGCCGCUGCCAAGUCGUCGGCCGACUUGCAGGCUCGCGCGCAGGACUACGUGAAUGCAGCCGGGCAGCGGGAGGCCUUUGUGGACGCGUGGAAGCAGCGGGCCGAGCUGGUGGAAUCCGUGGGUGACCACACUGCGGCGCAUAUCCUGAGUAAAAACGCACCCACACCAGAGUUGUAAUGCAGAUUUGCAAAGAGAGGAAGACUUGUAAUGCGCCUCCCCAUGAGAGCCAUUUCCAAUCAUGUUUUGGAAUUUGUGAUGCUGUGAACAGGAUGAGCAGAUGAAUCUGUGACGCGGCUGCACUUGCUAACCUGCACUACACUGCAUAGCGCAACUUGUCAUGCGUGACUCACAAAACUCCUAGGUUUGUGCUGCAAAAUCCCCAUCCUGACUCUGGUGUGGGUACGUUUUUACAUAGGAUAGCGCAGCAGAGUCUACUGCAACUGUCGCAGGCAGAGGACCAAGCGGCCGAGCUGCAGCAGCGCGCAGCAGCGAUCCAGAGGGAAGCCGCCCAAGCGGCGGAUGCAGCCGCUUUCUACACCACGCAUGCAGCUGCUGCCGCGGAAUACGAAUUCGAUAUCGAAGUGAAAAACGCCACCUCCUCAGCCUCCACAAAAGCUGAUAUGCGUUUUGUGAUUUAUUGUGACCGCAGGUUUGUGAGACAAGGAGAAGGACACAAUUAACUGGCAUUUUCAACGCAGUGGCUCCUCAAUGGCCCGCCGCCUGCGUGCAGACAGCAUUUCUAUGCGCACUUUAUGCCACUGGCACAUGAUCAAAGGUGCGCAAAAAUUUCGUUCGGCUCUCAGCAAAGAAAACCAACGAUGGGUCGGUCGGGAAUGUUGUAAUCAUUCACUGCAUAAGACAGCACACUAAAAAACCACUAAUUUCAUCAGCUUCGAGGAUUGGAAGAGGUGAUUUUUCCCUUCAAAAUUUGAACAAGCACUACCUAAGGGCGUCGGUAUUCCGCCACCAGGAAACCCGCUGCGAUUCAAUUGACGCAGCAUGAUUGAAACUUGCCGCAUUUUCGGUUUCGGCGCUGCGGCCGCACCUCCUUUUCUGCUCGAAUAAACGGAUUUGUGAAAUGAAUAAACAUCAAUGUCUUUUCAUCAAGGCUCCCAGUCCCAUCGCUUGUUUUAUUUUUUUCUAUUUGCAUGCGUAAGCAGCUCCCGUGCCAUCGUGCUUCCACAGCGGCGCGAGGAAGGUACUUUGUAUUUCCGUCGUUUGGCCAUGGCCGCGAAGCACUUGUACCAGUAAAACGAUACUUUGUUCGCUCGUCUCUCCGUUUGAUUGAUGAAUUCGGUGCGUACAAGCUUGUUCGUCGUACUGAAAACGUAGGAGCGUGCACUCGGAACAGUCGAUUUAUUACUUCCUCGUACGAAAACGAAGACGAACGGUUUCCCUUUCGUGCACAGAGCAGAC